CUUAAUGAGUUAAAAAAAAAUCGUGAACUUGCCCAGCCUUGCAAGGUUAUUUGUAAUAUUAAAAUGCUCUGAUUUUUACAUAACCAUCUUUUCUGGCAGAAAGUGAAUUUAGUUGAUACUUUUUUCGGUGGCGCAAAAUAUUUACUCGUACUAUGGUAUACUAUAAUCUAUUCCUGGUAGUUGACCCAGUCGCUCGACAAAAACCGGUCGAGGCCUCGCAGGCUGCUGCGUUUUCGCGCUAGUGGUGAUCGUCGCCAGUAGCAGCUGCCUCCUACUACGACGAGCCCUGCCGAUCGCUGAACAUCGCUGACCAUCAUAGACCGGCGGUCUCCUGAACGUUCCAGCGGCACAAUAGUGGGUCAACUUACGGGGAAUAGAGUAUACGGACAACUUAAGACGAUAACCGAGCGGUGGACGAGUUUCCGUUAGAUCCCCAUCCGGCAAAGUCUAAACAAAAAUCCCUCGCGUCUGGUUGGCUGACUGGUUUUUGACUGUUACAAAAACGCGACGAAUGUGAGGAGGUCGCGGUGUUGAUAUGGGCGUGUCUUACCUACGACCUCGACUGGUCAUCAUCUCAAGUUUGUCGUAGUAUAGAUGGCAAGGCGAUGUGACUACCAGCGAUUACAACGGUACGCUACAUUACUAACCUCAAGCCCGCGCUCAACCUAUGGUAACCCCGGGUUUGGUUACUUAUUUUCAAAGACCUUAAAUGGUUAUAGGUUUGUCUCAUUAUAAUUAUACAAUGAAGAAAUUAACACUCAAAAUAAAACAAAAAUAGAUAAAGUAUUGUUAAUCAUUAGACUUGUUUUAUCUACCAUAUAAGUUGUUUAUAUUUUUUGUAAUUUUUGUAGUUAAAUGUAGAUAUUGGGGAAUUGUUUUAGUAAAUCAAGUCCUGUUUUAACAAAGUGUACUUGUUUUUAAAAUAUUGAAAACUAUGAAAUGUUUAAAUUGGUUUUUAGAAAAGAAAGUUUUCGGUUUGCUUAUGAUUUUUUUUUUGAUUUUUUCUUGAGCUGUUAUUAGUUUAUUACUUUCUACUAUCUUUAAGAUUUCCCGAGCCAAGCUGCUUUCCCAAAAUGUAGUAAUGACUGUGUCAUGGCAGUUUCUACCUAAAUAAUAUUAAUGUCUAAAAUUAUUUUGUGUUUCAGAACUGUAAGUAAAACUGAAGAAGGAAUAAAUACAAUUGAUACUAAAAUAAAACGGAAAAGAAAUAAAAACUGAAAAUGAUUUUAUCGAGAGUUUUCAAUUCGAAGGAACAGUUUUAAACGAUAAAUACUCUUCAGAAUUUAUUACUAUUAUGAAUUCGGACAAGAUAUCCAAUUUAAAGAACAUUCAAAUAACCUGCAAAGUGUGCGGACAAGACAUAUGAAGAUUCAUUCCAGUAAGAGAGAAAAGCCUUUCAUAUGUGACAUUUGUAAUAAAUCGUAUUAUGUUAAAUCACAUUUGAAAUCACACAUACUGAUUCAUAUUAAGGCCCAAGCCAGAAAAAAAUCAUAUAAAUGUGAUAUCUGUGAUAAAGUAUUUUCUCAAGCAGGGCAUUUAGCAAAUCAUACUAAGGCCCAUGCCAGAAAAAAUUCAUAUAUAUGUGAUAUCUGUAAUAAAGUUUUUGAUCAAAAAUGGUAUUUAAAAUGCCAUAUGAGAACACAUACUGCAGAAAAAUCUUAUAAAUGUGAUAUCUGUAAUAAACUAUAUUCUCGAAAAGAUAGUUUAAAAACCCAUAAAAAGAUACAUAUUGGAGAAAAGACAUUUAAAUGUGAUGUCUGUGGUAAAGGAUUUUAUCAAGCACAACAAUUAAGAGUCCACGUGAGAACACAUACUGGAGAAAAACCGUAUCAAUGUGAAAUCUGUGGUAGAUUAUUUAAUCAAACAUCAAAUUUAAGAAACCACAGAAUUACACAUACUGGAGUAAAGUCGUAUACAUGUGACAUCUGUAAUAAAGUGUAUUCUCGACCAGACGUUUUAAGAAUCCAUAAAAAGACACAUACUGGAGAAAAGCCUUUUAAAUGCGAUAUUUGUGACAGAGGGUUUGCUAUUAUAUCAAAAUUAAAUUUCCAUAGAAAAACACAUACUGGAGAAAAGAUAUUUAAAUGUUACAUCUGCAAAAAAAAGUUUAAUCAAUCAAUAGAUUUAAUGGUUCAUAGAAAGACACAUGUCACAGAAAAGCUAUUUAAAUGUAACAUCUGUGAUAGUACAUAUUUUCGUGCACAUGGUUUAAAAGUCCAUAAAAUGACACAUACUGGAGAAAAACCAUUUAAAUGUGACAUCUGCGAUAAAAGAUUUUAUCAAACAGCAAGUUUAAAAGUGCAUAUGAGGACACAUACUGGAGAAAAGUUGUUUAAAUGUACUGUUUGUGAUAAAUUGUUUUCUCGAAAAGAACAUUUAAAAAUCCAUACAAGGACACAUACUGGAGAAAGGCCAUUUAAAUGUGAUAUAUGUGAUAAAGGGUUUAAUGGGUCAGGUGAUUUAAAAAAACAUAACAGGACACAUACUGGGGAGAAACCAUUUAAAUGUGACAUAUGUGAUAAAAGAUUUUCUACAUCAAGUGGUUUAAGAGUCCAUAAGUGGAAACGUCAUUCUGAAGAGAUGAUAUAAAUGUGAAAUCUGUGAUAAAGAGUUUUCUAUACCAGACGGUUUAAAAAUCCAUACAAGGACACAUACUGAUGAAAAGUGUUAAAAAUACAAUCAUUAUAAAAUUGAUUCAAUUCAUAAAUAAAGCAGGUUCAGGUACAUAAUAUGUUGCAAUCCUCAGUUAAAUUCUGUGGUAACAGUAAUGUUAUAUUCUUCAUAUUGUUAGUUUUAACAAGCCAUUUUAUCCGUUUUUGUGUCUGUACAAUUUGAAUUAUACUUUCUAAAUUAAUACCUUUUAUUAUAUUUUUAUUUGUUUUUACAUUUAACUGUAAUACUACUAUAUUUAUAUUUUAUUCUAUUAUUAAU